CGGUAGGCACGUAGAGUGCAGUAGUGCAGAUUGUGUACAGGGCUGUAGCUUAUGAGCAACGAGGAGGACACUGGGGAGGACGACCGGAGGAUAUUGCGAUCGGCUAGACGCCCAAUUGCCCACCUGGCUUUAGGUCCGGAGGGCGACAAAUUUCUGUUCCGCCAGCUUAGGGAGAGGCAGCAGCAGCAGAGGAGGGCUAGAGCAGUAGAGGCUAGCAGGGCACUUGUGAGUGAGGCCGCAGCUUCGGAAGCCAUGGCCACCUCAACACAGCAAUCUACUCUGGCCGGUAGUUCAGGGUCUGUUGGGUCAACGGUUGUGCAGACCCAGAGUCAGUCCGCUGGCGUAAUGGCAAACCAGCCACUAGUGUUGACGCCCGAUGAGGUCGCCAUACAACAAGCAGCAUUGCAGGAGGCAGAACUACAGAAGGCGUUAGGAGAUAUAAAAGCGGAGAAAGAAAGGAUGAUCAGAAGAAGAGCCAGGAUGCAACGUAGACAAGCGGACAUUAAUGAGUUCGAGGAGAUGGACCUGACGCACGUGACGGAUGAUGUGAGGAUCAUCCGGUCUGUCCUGCUGAAUGUAGUGGAGAUGCAGGACCAGCAAACAACCAUCCUUCAGGACAUCCAGCAGAAGUGGGUUCCAAAGACGGCCAUCGCCGCUCCGAAACCCUUCACAGGGGAGAAGAGAGGCGAAGACCUCGACACAUGGUUGAGGUCAAUGCCAGUCUAUGUCAGGUGUAAACUUACCUUGCCGCACGAAGAAGUGCUUGUGGCUGCUUCCUACCUAGAGGGUAGUACAGCAAGAUGGUUGAGUGGUUUAGUGCAGCUCCAGGGGUAUGGUCAUGACUUCCGCGCUUGGGCGGUCACCCAGAAAUUGGAGGACUUCCUGAAGAUGGUGGAGGAAAGGUGGCACGAUCCUCAGGAGGCCCAAAGGGCCACUGAUGCGAUCCUGACAUUGCACACGCGGCAGUUUAAGUCAGUAAGGGAAGUCACCGAUGUUGUUGAGCGUUUGAUCUGUGUCCCAGGGGUGCACUAUGACCCCCAGGUUUUACUUACCUCGUACCCGAGAUGCUUCUCUUUGCCUCUUAGGAACCAGUUGGCAAGUCAGACCAACAUCAAUAUGCACAACUUUCCUUCGUUUAGCAAGAUGGCCCUAGACCUUGAGGCGAAGAUAGGGCAUGGACAGGCACCCACUACGGAUGGAAGGAAAAAGACACUUCCUCCUAACUGGAAGGCGAAGGGGCGCAUUAUGUUUGUCGAUAACGAUGGUUCAACCAUCGAAUUAAACGAACACUUCCAGGAAGGAGUAGGUUCAGACGUUGGCAGCGAAGAAGCUUCAGAGGGUGGAGUAGUCGCUGCCGUAACUCAGAAAGACGAGUGUGAGGUUGCUUUCAGACAUCUGAAGCAUGCGUUGACGCACUACGAGGUCUUAAAGCUUCCCGAUCCUGACAAACCGUUUAUAGUCACCACGGAUGCCAGCCAAUAUGGCAUUGGCGUCGUGCUUGCACAGCAGGAGGGGCCAAAGGUGAGGCUUGUAGAGUACAUGUCCAAGAAAAUGUCGUCUCAGAAGUUGGCUAAGUCCACUUAUGAGAAAGAACUCUAUGCGGUUUACAAGGCUCUGACCCAUUUGAGGCACUAUCUCCUUGGGAGGUUCUUCAUCCUCAGGACUGAUCAUCAGACCCUGAGAUGGAUGAGAACUCAGCCGGUACUCUCUGAUGCUCUCAAGCGUUGGAUCGAAGUCAUUGAGCAGUAUGACUUUGACCCUCAGUAUCUGAAAGGGGAGUACAACAAGGUUGCUGAUGCCUUGUCGCGGAGACCUGAUUUCUCAGGUGCGCUGAUUACUGAGUUCGAUCUGACAGACAAUGUUACUCAGUCCUUGGUGGAAGCCUGUCGCGAGGACCAGUUCAUGUCUGAGAUCAUACGCAGACUGCAGGCGAAGGAAAAGAAGACCUCUGCCGAGUUUGAAUUGGUCAAUGGCUUGCUGUUCCUUGAAAAGGUUGGGAAUAAACGAUUGUAGGCCAACGGCCAGGCCGAGCAACUGAACCGCGUUCUACAACACCUGUUGAGGCAUUACAUCAAGCCCAACCAGGUGGACUGGGAUGAGAAGCUUGCACUCAUCGCCAGUCUGUAUAACAAUGCGGUACACAGUGCCACCUGGGUGAGCCCGAACAGUUUGCUACUGACUUUCAAGCCUAGACUACCCUUAGAUUUUCUCCUUCCCGAGAAUCAGUCGACUGUUGCACCAGGUACGUUAGAGUUUGCUUACCGCUAUGAACAGAAGAUGCAGCAGGCUGUAGAACAGAUGCAAAAGGCACAGGCGGCUAUGAUAGAAUCUGCGAACAAACAUCGCCGUGAGUCUUCAUUCCAGGAUGGGGACAGAGUCUGGGUUAAGUCCUCGGAACUGGGACAGGAGCACGAGAGCUCCCGCAAGCUCAUGCCACAGUACUUUGGACCUUGGGAAGUUUUAGACAUCGUUGGGACAGAUCCGGAUGGCCCAUCUUAUGUUAUCCGGAUCCCUGGUCAUCUUCGAACUUACCCUGUCUUUCACGCCUCCAAGCUUGCACCUUUCAAGGAAACAGAUGAGUUUCCUUCUCGUCGCUCGAUGCUGCCCCCAACCAUGGAUGGAGAAGUGGACAUCGAUGACAUCGUGGAUCACAGGGAGCUGCCAGCUCAGGGACCUGCCGGAAGGGGACGUCCUCCGAAACCGAAGCUGCAGUACCGCGUUUGGUUCAGACAUCAUACUGAUCCCAAGGAGGACCGUUGGUUCACGAGGGAAGAACUCAUGCAGACCGCUCCUCAAGUUUUAGCCCAUUAUGAGAAAUCUCUGCAGAAGGGAAAGCGCCCCAUGAUUGAAGACUGAGCUUCUCAGCGGACUGUUGAAGUUGAGGAGGGAAUGCGAGGCCACUGCCUCUA